AUGGGGAACUACAGAAUGUGCGGGUGCUUCGUCAGGAAGUUCUCCGUCAUCGAGUCCGGCCCGCCUCCCGACAUCGCGGACGCGUUCCGCAAGUACACCGGCGGCGGGCCGGUCAUGUUCCCCGAUCAGCUCCGCCUCUUCCUCGCCGAGCACCAAGGCACCGACGACGGCACCGCCGGGAAGAUCUUCGCCGCCAUCUUGCAGAAAAGGCACCACCUGUUCAGCAGGCACAGCCUCACCCUCGAUGAUUUCUACCGUUACUUGUUCUCCCCGGAUCUCAAUCCCCCCACCAUCGCCGACCAGGUGUAUCAGGACAUGACAAAGCCAUUGUCCCAUUACUUCAUCUACACAGGACAUAAUUCCUACUUAACUGGGAACCAGCUCAACAGCGAUUGCAGUGAUAUCCCCAUCAUCAAGGCACUCAAGAGAGGGGUAAGAGUGAUUGAGCUGGACAUCUGGCCGAAUUCGGAUAAAGAUGAAAUCCACGUUCUACAUGGAAGGACCUUGACAACUCCUGUGGAAGUCCUGACCUGUCUGAGAUCGAUAAAAGAAUAUGCAUUCGAAGCUUCGCCAUAUCCGGUAAUAAUCACUCUCGAAGAUCACCUCACAACACAACUUCAAGCUAAAGUAGCUCAGAUGAUCAAGGACACGUUUGGGGAAAUGCUGUACUGUCCAGAUGCAGAGUGUUUGGAAGAGUUCCCUUCACCAGAAGAUUUGAAGUACAGGAUAAUUAUAUCAACCAAGCCUCCCACUGAGUAUCUAAUGGGUAAGAGUUCAACGAGAAAGCGGAGUAAAUCGCAGAAGGACAAGGAUUCUGAUGACGAUAUAUGGGGGAGAGAAGCAGCAGCUGACUCAACAGACCGUGAAGAUGGUGAAAUGAGUGGCAGCGAGUCAAGUGAAGGUACAGACUAUGAGUUACUCUCAGGAACAUCAGAUUAUAAGCGUCUAAUAGCCAUCCAGGCUGGGAAAGCAAAAAGUGGUUUGAAGCAGGCUCUAAGAGUUGACCGUGCCAAAGUUAAACGGCUUAGUUUGAGUGAACAGAAGCUAGAGAAGGCCGCGGAGAAUCAUGGAGAAGAGGUUAUUAGAUUUACGCAGAAAAAUAUUUUGAGGGUGUAUCCUAAAGGCACUAGGUUCACUUCUUCCAACUACAAGCCUAUUGUUGGUUGGAUGCAUGGAGCUCAAAUGGUUGCCUUCAAUAUGCAGGGCUAUGGAAGAGCUCUUUGGUUGAUGCAUGGAAUGUUCAGGUCCAAUGGAGGUUGUGGAUAUGUGAAGAAGCCUGAUCUUCUAAUGGAUUCUGAUAAACUGUUCACUCCCAAAUCCCAACUGCCUGUGAAGAAAACAUUGAAGGUUAAAGUGUAUGCUGGAGAUGGAUGGCACUUGGAUUUCAAACAAACUCAUUUCGACAAAUAUUCCCCUCCAGAUUUCUACACCAGGGUGGGAAUUGCAGGAGUUCCAGAUGAUGUGGUGAUGAAGAAAACUAGGGUAAAAGAGGAUGAUUGGGCCCCAGUUUGGGAUGAAGAGUUCACAUUCCAAUUGACUGUUCCUGAACUAGCUUUACUGAGAAUCGAAGUUCAUGAGUACGAUAUGUCUGAGAAGGAUGACUUUGGUGGUCAAACUUGUUUGCCUGUCUCUGAACUCAGACCAGGAAUCCGUGCAGUCCCACUUUUGAACAGGAAGGGCGAGAAGUACCAUUCAGUAAAGCUUCUUAUGCGGUUCCAGUUUGUGUAG